AUGGAGACACCACAGCAGCCACAGGAUGCUCUGAAGCUGAGCGCCCUGGCGUCUCAGAACGCCAUUGUUUCGCGAAGCCUGUACAUGAGGGCUGCGGACCAGCCCAGUGUUAAGCGACAGAAACUCGAAGACGUAUUUGAAGAUGCCGUAAUGAAGCGACGAUUCGAAGCCGAAUACUCAAAUGCCACGACGCUGCCCGCCACCCUGGCUGCCAGACACCCGUCGAGAAAGCCUGGAAAGCAAGUGGCCGCCAAACAAAAGACAGACGGUCCGGCGCGACCUGCACAGAAACUGCUCGAGGCCGGCCCGGGUUCAGGCUCUUCAGCAACCCCGGCGCCCGUCGCCAACGGCUCUCCAAACAAUAAUAUGGCACUCUCAGCAAGAAGCCCGCAUACCUUCCAGCAGGCAAAGCCCGAGUGGCAUCCUCCGUGGAAGUUGAUGAGGGUCAUCUCUGGACACCUCGGCUGGGUGCGCAGUUUGGCAGUAGAGCCAGGGAACAAAUGGUUUGCUAGCGGCGCUGGUGACAGAACCAUCAAGAUUUGGGAUCUAGCCACGGGCUCACUGCGCCUGACUCUGACCGGGCACAUCAGCACCGUCCGCGGCCUAGCAGUCUCCCCCAGGCACCCGUACCUUUUCUCGUGCGGAGAAGAUAAGAUGGUCAAGUGCUGGGACCUAGAAACAAAUAAAGUAAUCCGACACUACCACGGUCACCUCAGCGGCGUGUACACCCUCGCCCUUCACCCGACCCUCGAUGUUCUCGUCACGGGAGGUCGGGACGGCGUCGCCCGAGUCUGGGACAUGCGAACACGCAGCAAUAUUCACGUGCUGUCGGGCCACACCGGCACCGUAUCAGACGUCAAGUGCCAGGAAGCGGACCCUCAAGUAAUCACAGGCUCCCUCGAUUCCACGGUGAGGAUGUGGGAUCUUGCCGCGGGCAAGACCAUGGGCGUGCUCACUCACCACAAGAAGGGUGUUCGAGCGCUGGCUGUCCAUCCUGCCGAGUUCACGUUUGCCAGCGGCAGCACAGGAAGCAUCAAGCAGUGGAAGUGCCCCGAGGGUGCAUUCAUGCAGAACUUUGAAGGCCACAAUGCCAUCAUCAACACUUUGAGCGUGAACCAGAACAAUGUUUUCUUCUCAGGCGGAGAUAAUGGGUCCAUGAGCUUCUGGGACUGGAAGACAGGCCACCGCUUUCAGUCGCUGGAUACCACGGCACAGCCAGGGUCUUUGGACGCGGAAGCCGGCAUCAUGGCCUCGACGUUUGAUCGCUCUGGACUGCGUCUGAUUUGUGGCGAAGCUGACAAGACAAUUAAAAUAUGGAAACCGGAUGACAAGGCUACCGAGGAAACUCACCCAUUGCAAUGGACACCAUCACUAGGAAGACGCAAGUUUUAA